AUGACUAAUGCGGUAUCUGCAAGCGCUGGACAAGGAGAACAAGGCCCACAAAGGUCAGUUCGCUGCCACGUGGCUCAGGCAGCCUCGGCACGUGCUCCAACCCCGACCCGACUUUCCAGCAAUGCAAAGUCCAACAUCCUUGCAUUGGUUGAUAUCGGCUGUCACAUAAUUGUUUAUUUUUGGGCUUUCUCCACCAUGCCGAACAAUGGCCCGCAGAGUGGCAUUCGGAAACAACGCAAAUCUCGCGGGCGAGGCUUGCGAACUAACACGGGGUGCUUAAUUUGCAAGCGUCGCCACGUCAAAUGCGACGAGAUCCGCUCGCCGUCCGAUUUCGAGCAGAUCAGUGUCAUCUCCGCUUGUCGAAUAUGUACCUUCACCUGGUACGGAGUCAUCAGCGACCUCAUCGAGGGUGGCGCCCCUGAGCUGGUUUGA